AAAAACGGAAAAAACGCACCCCAGGUUUUCCUCGUCUCGCGUUCGGGGGAUCGAUACAAAUUCGAAAGGGGAAGAAGCCUCGAGGCGCACGCGACGAUUUUUCCAGACCCAAAUCUCCCCCCAUUCUCCCACCCAUCCACCAACCCCGUUCCUUCCUCGCCGGCACGAAGCCAGGGCCGCCGGAGAUGUCGCCGGCGGCGGACAGCGCGUCGGGAUCGAAGCGGCAGGCGGAGCUGCUCAAGCAGGAGGGCAACACCUGCUUCAAGAAGGACCGCAUCAGCGCCGCCAUCGACGCCUACACCGGGGCUAUAGCUCUCUGCCAAAAUGUUGCAGUAUACUGGACCAACCGAGCACUGUGCUAUAAGAAGCGGAAUGAGUGGGCUAAGGUUGAGGAAGAUUGUAGAAUGGCUAUCCAUUAUGACAGCCACUCCGUUAAGGCGCAUUACAUGCUUGGGCUUGCACUUCUCAACAGGCAAGAAUUGGCUGGAGGAAUAAAAGCACUAGAAAAGUCUUUGGAGCUUGGAAGGGGUGCACAUCCUGCAAGCUAUAUGGUUGAAGAGAUAUGGCAAGAGCUUUCUAAAGCAAAAUACAUUGAAUGGGAAGGACUAUCAAAAAUGCGAUCCUCUCAAAUGCAUAAACUGAAUGCAACAUGUAAAGAAGCUCUAAAGAGUUAUAACAGCCUUGAUAAUCCAACUGCAGACGUGUCUGAAGAGCAUCUAAAUGAGCUAGAUGAAGUUUUCAGGAAAGCUGCAAAGGCUGAUACUCCAACAGAAGUUCCUGACCAUCUCUGCUGCAAAAUUACACUUGAUAUCUUCAGGGAUCCAGUGAUCACUCCAAGCGGAAUUACUUACGAGAGGGCUGUGAUUCUUGACCAUUUAAAUAGGGUGGGGAAAUUUGACCCUGUGACCCGUGAACCACUGGAACCAUUCCAACUAAUAUCAAACCUUGCCGUCAAGGAGGCUGUAGAUGUAUUUUUGAAGGACCAUGGUUGGGCUUACAAGAUCAGGUGAUUGAUUUGUACAAUUGAAUUGGUAGGGUACACCUUGAUUGGAAGUAAGAUUGGCAAUACAUAGUUAUGUUGUUCUGUUGACAUAAAGGAAGUUGUACAUACUUUCGAGUGUUGUUAAAUUGGACUGGAUCAUACAUAGAACUUGUCAUGGGCAAUACAUAGUUGGGUUUAGCAAGUACAAUUGCUGAUAUCUUCA